CGUACACACAGCAAGCAAACGUACGAACGACCGAGGCAGCAGCGCUCGAACACCUCAGCUAUGGAAUUUCGUCUUCAGUUUGAUCUGGACUAGCGAUUGCGAUGUACACAGAUUCAUAUUUUUUUGCGUAUUCUGUUCCAUGGUUUCGGAGUGCGUGUGCAUUCGAUAUUCGAACAUUUACGCGAGUAUCAGUGAAUGUAAUCAAAGUCUACCUGUCGGAUUAUAGUUGUUCUGUGUGAACUGCGCUCUCAGUGUUUUCGACUCUUUAGCUCGCCGAGUUUUCACUUUUUUUUCUGUCUCUCAGUUUGUUUGUCCUUCUUUCUACCGGGACAGCAUCAUUUUGGAGUUUUUGAAAAAUGCAUUGAGACAGCAACUACUUAUAAACCGAAAAAAUAAUGUCGGACAAGUGGUUUUUUUAAUAGAAAAAAAGAAAGAAUAUUAAACUGAUAAGUGACUUUUCAAAUGGUAAACAACAAACAGCAAAACUUAUGAUAUUGUGUAUGUGAACGAGCGCGCUUGUGUAUCGAACAAUUUACCUUGAAUUCAACGCUAUUUCGAAAUCAGUGCAAACUUUUUCAACAUUGAAUGCUUCCAUCAUGUUCAGUGACUGCUUAACGAUCAAUUAAAGUUUCAAUGGAUUUGGCCCGAUCUGAAUUGGAGGAGUUGUUGAUAAAACUUAUUACACCAAUCAAACCGCAACUGAUCGAACUGAACGCCCUUUCCGAUUUCGAUAAACUAUUGAAACAGCAAUUAAAAACUAAAUAAUCAAUCCAAGACAACGGAUAAUAACACGAAAUCAAAUGCGAAUGUAAUUUUAAGAAGGGCAAACGCGCAAGCGAUGCGAGAACGAUUUCGGGAAAUUACGUGGCCGUAAACAGAGAGCGAGAGAAAGACAGAGAGAGAGAGAGAGAGAGAGAGAGGAGUGAACUGUGAACUCACACACAAAUUGUGGCGGGAUAACAUAAGAGCCCACUACAAAUGAUCCAUUUUGAUUUUCAUUCAAAACCCAUUUUCUUCAGCGCCAUCUCUGAAAACUAAAAAGAGAAGAAAAAAGAACGCAAGGAAGCAAACAAAUACCGCAACAUAUUGUUUUCGCUUCAUUAAAUUUUCAUCGUACCGUGAUAUUACAAGUACUCUCAGUCUUCAUUCACCAUUUCCUAUAUAUAUAUAGAGAUUAUUUCUUUGCUGGUGUUUCGUUUGCUAAAAAAAAGCUCAGUCGUUUUAUGUUCGGUUCGUAUCUUCUUUUUUAAAUUGUUUGUCGGUGAUUUGAAUUAAAUCAAAAGACUAACCGUGCCCGGUCAAAGUGAACAAAACGAAAGCGAAGAAAAAAGAAAAGGAAAAAGCAGAGAAGCACAGAAUGUUGGGGAUUUGUAAGAGUGGUGAGAGCUUAAUUAAUGCCUAAUAACGGUGAAGAAAACUGGUGCGUUUCAAGUGCGGUGAGUGCGAGUCCAAGUUCAAGAGUCCUACAAGCGGGAAAUCCCCCUUCAAAAGAAGAAGAAGAAGAUAAAUUGAAAUACACAAUAAUCAUACUGGCAUAAUAACAAUAAUCAUCACAUUAAUACAAUAAAAUAAUGAUAAUAAUAUAAAAUUGCCGAGUAAUAGAAAAGGUUAAUUCGGAGUAUCAUCGGUCGGUCGGACGAAAACGGAAAGAGAGCGUUGCAGAGAAAAUAAACAACAACAACAACGCAAAAAGAACCAAGAAUAUUGAGAUAGAGAGAAUUCUGUCCAAAAGUGAACGGCACAGCUCAAAUCGCACUGGAGACGCGUGCAGGCAACAAACAUCAAUUGAUAUGGUGGCCCAAAAAUCGAGUGAAAUAAAAUAGAAAUCAAAAAAAAAUAGAAGAAAGAAGAAGGAGAGGGAGUAGUAGUAGUGCGGUUCAGUUGUGAAUUGUGAUCAUUAGCUACCAAAUGUAAUGUCAUCACCGUUAUCAUCAUUUUCAGCAACAGCCACCGUCAAUGAAGAUAUCAUGUGGUUCGCGGCAAGAGCUUUACUGUUGCUGACAUUAAUUUCGGAUUUCGCAGCAAGCGUCAAAGAUAUACCCGUCGUUGCGAUGGAGGCGCUUAUAGGCGAAACGACAUAUUUACCAUGCAACGUUAGCACUCACGAUGUUAACGAUGAUGUUGUGCUGGUGCUGUGGUAUCGAGCAGAUAAAGGAACUCCAGUUUACAGUGUGGACAUUCGAGAUAGAGAUUUCAAGGCGGCCAAACGAUGGUCCGAUGAAACGGUGUUUGCCAAUCGUGCUUAUUUCCUAUUCGAAAAGCAGCCAGGUGAAUUGGCCGUACAAAAUGCGAAAGAGAGUGAUUCAGGAAUUUAUCGAUGUCGCGUCGAUUUCAAAGUAGCUCAAACUAGAAAUAGUAAAGUCAAUUUGACAGUUAUACUGCCUCCUGAUAGAAUAAGUAUAAAAGACGAUACUGGCGUGGAAAGAAGCAGCGUCGUUGGACCGUACGCCGAGGGUGACAUAAUUACUUUGAGUUGCGAAGUCUUUGGUGGCAAACCGAUGCCGGUCAUUCAUUGGUACAGGGAUAGUAUACCAAUUCACAGUGAAACAUACGAAACAAACGACGGUAAGAGUGUGAAAAGUGAUAUAACCCUAGGCCCCCUUGGGCGUCAGGAUCUUAACACACGAUUAACGUGCAAAGCAAUUAAUCAUCCCCGAGCGAGUCCAUUAGAAACAACCGUCCAAAUCGACAUGAACUUCUCACCGUUGAACAUUCGCCUGUUGGGUGCACAUCAACCUUUAUCAGCGGGCAAGCGAUACGAUUUACUGUGUCAAAGUGCUGGCUCUCGACCGCCAGCUGUAAUUACAUGGUGGCGAGAUGGACAACGAUUAGAGAAAACUACCGAAACGUUGUCCAGUGACGGGAAUCAAACAACGAGUACGCUUUCAAUUACGCUGAGCCGAGCAGAUUCCGGGCGAUAUUUAUCAUGUCGAGCUUACAAUCCGGCUCUUCAGUCGGAAACUCUAAGCGAUGGGUGGCAGUUGGAUAUAACCUAUGUCCCAGAAACAAAAGUCAAGUUGGGCUCAUCACUUGAUCCAAGCACAAUACGAGAGGGUACGGAUGUUUAUUUUGACUGUCUUGUAACGGCGCAUCCGCACGUAUACAAAGUGGAAUGGCGUCACAACGGCCGUAUGCUACCUCACAACAUAUCACAAGGUGUAAUAAUAAGCAAUCAUUCACUUGUACUGCAAGGUGUUUCACGUGCAACAGCUGGUAAUUACUCAUGUGUCGGAUUUAAUGCGGAGGGAGAUGGCAUCAGUCCGUCGUUUACCCUGAAUGUAUUGUAUGCACCGUCAUGUAGCCCAAGUCAGCCCCGUAUUUACGGUGUUGCGAAACAGGAACAGGCCCAGAUCAGAUGCAGCGUUGAUGCAAAUCCGCUGGACGUUGAAUUUAAAUGGACCUUUAAUAAUUCAGCCGAAAGCAUUGACGUAGCCAGCAAUCAUGUAACGCGUUCAGGUACAUCGUCGAUCGUUACCUAUACACCGAUGACAGAACUAGAUUACGGAACUCUUUUGUGCGUUGCAUCAAAUCGAAUCGGUCGACAACGAGUGCCAUGUGUUUACCAUGUCAUAGCAGCAGGUCGACCCGAUCAAGUGCAUAAUUGUACGAUAACCAAUAUUUCGAUGACAUCGCUGGGUAUCAAAUGCUUGGAGGGCUUCAACGGUGGCCUCACUCAAUCAUUUAUGCUGGAAGUGCGUGACAUGAGCACACAGGAUAUACGAGCAAAUUUCACAUCACCAGUGGCAAGGUUUGCUGUUUCAAAUUUACAUCCGGGCAGCGUGUACAUUAUUUCCAUUUACGCGUUCAACUCGAAAGGACGUUCGGAUCCGGCUGUUUUGCCAGCAGCCAUGCUUCGGCCCGCCGAAAAGCAACUCACUGCCGAAAAAGAACGACCCCGUGCACCGAUCGCUCUGACACCGAUGCUUUCUGUGGUUAUUGGCCUAUCCGCUGCGCUCGUGAUUGGUGCGCUGGCCAUAAUUGUGGUAUUGAGAUUACCGUGUGGAGGUAGACGUCGAAGUCGUUUCAAACGUAAAGAACUGUCGCAAGGUACAACAACCGGUGAAGGAUCACCGGGUCCAAGUGACAAAAGUAUUGGCAGCAGAGAGCUCGAUGGCAACGAAAGCGAUGAAAAGAACCCGGACAUUAUACCCGACACAGUAGAUUCAGAUGAUCAGAUUGAGUAUAUUCAUCGAAGACAGCACAUUUCAACGAUUGACACAAACAGUCCACAGCGUGGUGGAAGCAGCAACGUUAGUUGUGCGGUGAAUGCAAUACCAAACCAACAAUAUGUAUCAGCUAGUGUACCAAUGCAUACGGGCCACGCGCCAGUCAACUACUGUACACUGCGAAAUGGUAGUACUAGUCAAGCGUCUGCAAACAUGGGCUCCACAUUAUCGAUAAGUCCUGUACCGAAUGCAUACCAGAAUCAAAUGACAACAUGUACGUUGCCCCGACAUCCUGGACAAGUGAAUGCACAUCAUUGGUCGUCGUAUGGUGGAACAAUUGCUAGUGUUCGUCAAAUACCACAAGUUCAAAUAAGCGGUUUACAAACAGCGCCACCGCCACCAUCGCAAAUCGCAAUGCAUCAUUUGAAUUCGAGAACGGCAAGACACUGCAUACCGGCCGCCUUAGUUGAUGACGAAGUCACCGUAGAAACACCCUUAAUGGUAAAGCGUGAAAGCACGGUAUGACUAUAGGAAACACACAGAGUCGGUGAUACGGCUCUGUGAACACAAAUAUUUUUUUUUAAAUCCAAUUCUCCAGCAUAUAUAAAUACAUAAAACAUCUAACGAUAUUUAAAAUGUUUAUUCGUAUAGUGAAGUGGCAAAGACACAUUCCAUAUGCGCACACAAUACCAAAAACCAAACUCAAAAAAUAACAAUAACAUGAAACAAACAAACAAAAAACAUACACGAACACAUUCAAUCCAAUACUCUCUUUUGACGUUCUCUGUCUGUUCUCUAUAUUAAUACCAUAACUAUUAAUGAAUCAUAGAUACAAUUUAAUUAAAAACAAAACAAAACGAAAGAAGUAAAAAAUACUAUCAAGCGCUCAAUGCAUUCGACAAGGAACGUGAAUUCAGACGAAAAAUAAAAACAAACACUGCACGGUAAUUCAAUUGAAAUGCGCUCCGCAGCGAUUUUAUGUUUGAUGUGACGGUGCAAUAUUUUGCAACAUUUAGUGGAUAUUCGACGACGAAUGUGUAAUUAACAAUGCAAUAAAUGCAGUUCUCGAUAUUGUAGCAAACGUUUUUCAACGAAAAUUUCUUAAAGAAACAGAAAUGCAUUUGAAUGCGUCAAAAAGACGCACACAUACGAUGUGCAUAGUUUCAUUGAAAAUAAAAUGAUUUAAAUAUUUAAAAAUAAUAUAAAAUCUGUUGAUGAUCAAUGUGAUUUCUAAUGAAUUAAAAGA